GGGAAAAACAUGGCGGCCAUCCUUCCCAAGAUCUUGUCCUUCGCUAAAAAUACGAGGACUUUCCUCACAACUUCAAGACUUUCUGCGGUACCGGUUCAGCAGUGCAGUGUUCCUGUUUCUAACUAUGGAGAAAAAAUCACUCACACGGGACAGGUUUUUGAUAAAAAUGAUAUACGAAGAGCGAGAUUUGUGGGGAGACAAAAAGAGGUGAAUCAGAACUUCGCUAUAAAUCUGGUGGCGGAGGAGCCGGUAUCCGAUGUAGAAGCUCGAGUGGUGUCCUGUGACGGAGGUGGAGGAGCUCUGGGCCAUCCCAAAGUUUAUAUCAACCUGGACAAGGUGACCAAAGUGGGUACGUGUGGUUACUGUGGACGGCAGUUUCAGCAGAAACACCACCACUGAGAUCUUCUGAUUUAUAAAUUAUUCCCUUUGACCUGUGUGUCAUGGUUUCCUGUGUAAUAAAAUCAUACAACUGAUCAAAAAA